UGUAAAUUAAGAAGCAUAAUCCAAGGAGUACAGUGUAAUGCAGCACCUCCAAACACUGAGGAGCUGUCCUGCUGUUUGGUAAACCCAUGUAGAGGUUUCCAAUUUUACAGAGGUACUUCUUAAUUCUUACCAUGACUUAAAUUGUCACCAUUUACAAUUGGUCUUAGUCCACUAGGUCAUCUCAGCUGAUGAACUUAGAGGCACUUCAAACCCCAACCAAAGAGCCCACUUUUUGUUUUAUUUUAUUUUUAAACUCUUCUGUCCCCGCAGUACAUGUUUCUUCUUUAUGGAAGAAAGGCUAUUAUAAAAAUAAAAGUAUGAUUCUGAAUACUUUACCAUCAUAAAAGGAUGGUCUGUGUUAAGCAGGAUUGAGGCUGGUUUGUAUAAAGAAAAUGGACUGAUGGAAAGAAAAUGGUAUAUAAAGGUGGCUUCUAGCAGUUAAUGUUCAAAGAAAACAAGCACAUUGGAAAUGUUUAAUACAUUUUACAGCUUUGCACUUGGUUGUGAACUGUAAUUGUGGAUUUUUGCAGUCUUGUUACAAGCCACCUUGUGCGUCGUGCGGCGUUAGGGAAAGGAGUUGGGAGAAACGUGAGGCAAGUGUGAAUAUCCUCUGUUACUCCAAACCCCACGCGCAUGCAAUCGCAUGGAGUGUUAAUGUAGAGUAGCUUUCCAUUUGUCAUGAGACCUUUAAGUUAGUGUGGCUGAAUUAUGUUACUGGUGGGAUCUCUAAAAGGAAUCUGGUGGUAUAUUUUAAGCUAUGGAGCAGUAGUACAUAACCUUGAAUUUUGUCACGUUGUGUGGUUUUUCAGUCUAUCAAAUGGACAGCUAACACAUUACACUUCACAGCUGCUUUAACGUCACUUGCAUAGGAGCAAAACCGCGCCUGCAUAGGAUGCUGAUUUCUUUAUUUCAGAGUUCUGGAGGCACCUAGUAGGAGACUUUUCUUUGGCAAGGAAUUAAGGACACAUUUCAAUCAAAUAUGACUUUCUUUGUAAUCAGUGCAUUUCCAGUAUCAAGCCAGCUGGUUCCUCGUAAUAAAACCAAAAUUCAUGAGCUGACAGUGAAAGCCUUUCUUCCAGCUAUGCACUUUGCCACCAUCCCGAACUUCCUGCAUGAUAAACAUGAAAGCCAGCUUUGUCCUUGUCUGAAUCAUAGAGCAUAUCCAAAAGCAUUUCACUUGCUUUGUUGAGAUCUUUUACUAAUGAUAUUGUUUUAUUUUCUCUCUUGUUUUUGGUUUUUACCACUGAUAUUGUAUUUAGAAGGUUUCAGGUGGGUGAAAACUGCUAUUCCAUGCGUAAGGUGCCUCGCUGAAGGGAGCUCGAGGCCUGGAUCUAGGCAGACAUGCACCUCCUCCUCUUCCAGCAAGGAACGCACCGAAAAGUCACAUGAGAAAUAUGGCAUGUUACCUAAAAGCUAUUGAGACGCAGCCAAACUUUGCAGUGGCAUGGAGUAAUCUUGGGUGUGUAUUUAAUGCACAAGGAGAGAUCUGGCUCGCAAUUCAUCAUUUUGAGAAGGCGGUAACUCUCGAUCCUAAUUUUCUGGAUGCCUACAUUAAUUUGGGAAAUGUCCUUAAAGAGGCUCGUAUAUUUGACAGAGCUGUGGCAGCAUAUUUACGAGCUCUUAGCCUCAGCCCAAAUCAUGCUGUAGUUCAUGGAAAUUUGGCUUGUGUCUACUAUGAACAAGGGCUUAUUGAUCUAGCCAUUGACACAUACCGAAGGGCUAUAGAGCUUCAACCACACUUUCCUGAUGCCUAUUGCAAUCUUGCCAAUGCUCUCAAGGAAAAAGGCAGUGUGGUUGAUGCAGAAGAAUGCUACAAUACUGCUCUUCGCCUCUGUCCAACUCAUGCUGAUUCUUUAAACAACCUUGCAAACAUUAAACGAGAACAAGGAAACAUUGAGGAGGCUGUACGUCUCUAUAGGAAAGCUCUUGAGGUUUUCCCAGAGUUUGCAGCAGCUCAUUCAAAUCUGGCCAGUGUUCUGCAACAACAAGGAAAGCUUCAAGAAGCUCUCAUGCAUUACAAGGAAGCCAUUCGAAUCAGUCCAACAUUUGCUGAUGCCUAUUCAAACAUGGGUAACACACUGAAGGAGAUGCAAGAUGUCCAAGGAGCAUUGCAAUGCUAUACCAGAGCAAUUCAGAUCAAUCCAGCAUUUGCUGAUGCUCAUAGUAACCUUGCAUCCAUUCAUAAGGACUCUGGUAAUAUACCAGAAGCAAUUGCUUCGUACAGAACUGCUCUGAAGCUUAAACCAGAUUUCCCAGAUGCAUAUUGCAACUUGGCACAUUGUCUUCAGAUUGUCUGCGAUUGGACUGAUUACGAUGAACGAAUGAAGAAAUUAGUCAGUAUUGUUGCAGAUCAGCUGGAUAAGAACAGACUUCCAUCUGUACAUCCACACCAUAGUAUGCUGUAUCCAUUGUCUCAUGGUUUUAGGAAAGCUAUUGCCGAAAGGCAUGGAAACCUGUGUUUAGACAAAAUAAAUGUUCUUCACAAGCCACUUUAUGAGCAUCCAAAGGAUUUGAAAGCCAGUGAUGGAAGACUAAGGGUGGGCUAUGUGAGCUCAGAUUUUGGAAAUCACCCUACCUCUCAUUUGAUGCAGUCAAUACCUGGCAUGCAUAAUUCAGAUAAAUUUGAGAUCUUCUGUUAUGCACUUAGUCCUGAUGAUGGUACAAACUUUCGUGUAAAAGUUAUGGCAGAAGCAAACCACUUCAUUGACUUGUCCCAGAUUCCUUGUAAUGGAAAAGCCGCUGAUCGCAUACAUCAGGAUGGAGUCCAUAUUCUAGUUAAUAUGAAUGGCUACACCAAAGGAGCACGGAAUGAACUAUUUGCACUAAGAGCAGCUCCAAUUCAGGCUAUGUGGCUGGGAUAUCCUGGAACUAGUGGGGCACCAUUCAUGGAUUAUAUUAUCACUGACAAAGAGACUUCUCCAACUGACGUUGCUGAACAGUACUCUGAGAAAAUGGCAUAUAUGCCCCACACUUUUUUCAUUGGCGAUCAUGCCAACAUGUUCCCUCAUCUAAAGAAAAAGGCUGUGAUAGACUUCAAAUCCAAUGGCCAUAUCUAUGACAACAGAAUAGUUCUAAAUGGGAUAGAGUUAAAAGCAUUUUUGGAAACUCUUCCUGAUGUAAAAAUUGUGAAGAUGAAAGGAUCAGAGAGUGCAGAUAGUGCUGAUAGUAACUCUGCAUUAAACAUGCCAGUUAUCCCAAUGAACACAAUUGCAGAAGCCAUCAUUGAAAUGAUCAAUAGAGGACAAAUCCAGAUAACUAUUAAUGGAUUUAAUAUUAGCAACGGCCUGGCAACAACACAGAUAAAUAAUAAAGCAGCUACAGGCGAAGAGGUUCCUCGUACCAUUAUUGUUACCACACGCUCACAGUAUGGUCUGCCAGAAGAUGCUGUGGUGUACUGCAACUUUAACCAGCUAUACAAGAUAGACCCUCCUACUUUGCAGAUGUGGGCAAAUAUUCUGAAGAGAGUUCCAAAUAGUGUUCUUUGGCUGUUAAGGUUUCCUGCAGUAGGAGAGCCUAAUAUUCAACAGUAUGCCCAGAACAUGGGGCUGCCACAGUCCAGAAUAAUCUUCUCCCCAGUUGCACCUAAAGAAGAACAUGUUCGAAGAGGACAGUUGGCUGAUGUUUGUUUAGAUACACCAUUGUGCAAUGGGCACACCACUGGAAUGGAUGUCCUUUGGGCAGGGACACCAAUGGUCACUAUGCCAGGUGAUACACUUGCAUCUAGGGUUGCAGCUUCACAGCUGACCUGUCUUGGAUGUCCAGAAUUAAUUGCUAAAAGCAGGCAAGAAUAUGAAGAUACAGCUGUAAAACUGGGAACUGACCUAGAAUACCUGAAAAAGAUCCGUGCAAAAGUUUGGAGGCAAAGGAUAUCUAGUCCUCUCUUCAAUACCAAGCAGUAUACUAUGGAUUUGGAGAGAUUAUACCUACUAAUGUGGGAGCAUUUUGCAGCCGGCAAUAAACCUGAUCAUCUCCUCAAGCCUGUGGAAACCACUGAAUCUGCAUAACCAGGAAUGCUCUUAAUCUUGGAUAUUUCUUGCUAGUAAAUUUUCACAGUGAAGUCAUCUUACUGUGGAGACACGUGGACAUUGUCGUUAAUUUUUCUUUUGGCUAAACUUACAGGGAAUCUUGCAAAUCGCCAUCCAAUUACAACUCCAUGGACCGUUAUUUGUUCUUGGAGAAUUUUAGUUUUGUCUUUGCAAUAUGCAUACUUCAAGUUUGGGCUUUUAAACAUGAGUUUGUGUGUGUCUGCUAGCUCAAAAAUGAAUCUCAGCUUGAAUCUUGUAGCUAACUGUGCAGGUUGAAAGAGGUAAAAAAAAAAAAAUCACAAAGCAUCAUUAAUGGUGUUCUAGUCCUUUUUAUAGGUUUUAUAAACCACUUGUAGCCUUUUAAUGUCUGGCAUUUGUUUACAAGCAGGCCUGUUUGGGAAAAGUUUCAUUUAAAUCAGAGCACACACAAAGUGUCUCCCUUCAGACAUUUGCUUGAUUUGACAAUUACUCAGCCUGACUUCAUAUUAAACCUGUAUUAUCCCAACUCAUUAAGUGUAAGUUGUACGAAUGGUAGGUGCGCAGCUGAAAUGAACUGUGCUAUGGAGGAGUGUAAAGCACACGUACUGCAAAUUUCUGAUAGAUGUCCCACAUAUUUAAUGGACUAAACGAGAUUUAUUUGGUGUAUGUACUUGUACUUUGCACGCUGUGGACUCCUUGAAAUGUUGCUCAUACAGAAAUUUGUUUGGGAAAUAUUAAUUUUUCAUUUACUGUGUGGAUGUAACGCAUUGUUUGUGUGGAAAAUAAGCAUGUGCCGCAACAGAUUAGAUAAGUUAAUGCGCCUCUGCACAUUGCCUAUUUGAUUUAAUAAACUCAGUUGGCUUUUU